UAUCGGGCGAAAUUUCUUGACAUCGCUCCGCGGUUCUCGGAUAUCAGCUCGCGAUCAGUAUUGGUGACCAUGACAUCAGUUCGACGUCCUUGACAUUAGUCGAAAGUUCAUAACAUAAUUCCCGGCUCUUGGCAUCGGCUCGCAGUUCUCGGAUAUCAGACCGGGAACCUCUGGGCCAAGUCACGGAACACCUGACAUUGGAUCGCGAACUAGGUAUCUACCAACAGUGGAUCGCGACCCAGGGCCCCAGUCAAGACUGAUAGCAGGCAGCAUACGGACCUUGCAGUUAUCUGUCGAUGCACAAGCGGUCAUGACGACCGUACGGUCAACGGGUCUCCUUUUCACCACUCAGUUUCUUCACUAUUUCUUAUCUUUCAGGGGUACAGCCGCAUUAAUGAUCGGGGCCAACAUCACGGUGCAUCAUCAUCCUUCUUCUCAUGCAUUUCCGGCCUUUCGUUCACUGCAGAGAUCGGGAAUCACGCUGGUUGGUAAUAAGGAGUUCACUACAGGACACGGACGGAGCAUCAGCAUGACAAGGCAACAGGCAUAGGGCAGGAGGUUUACAUGGUGUCUUUCGGCGGUGGGCAUCUCGGGAUGGGUGGUUUGGUUUGUCUCGUGGUCUUUUCGCGCUCAAUGGGUUUUGCAUGCAUUUUGCUUUGCUUUUCUUCUUUUACUAUUUUCACCAGUUCUCACGGAUCAUAGAUUUCCGGCUGAGGGGUGGCGGCCUUGUGGCGGCCUUGUGGCGACCUGGGCGGCAUAUCUGCUAUUUUACUCUUGCUGCUUUUACACCUUGCUAACAAGCUAACAAGAUAUAUGCGAUGUUGCGGUGGUUCCUUUUUUUUUCUUUCUUUUUCUUUUUUUUUCUUUUUCUUUUUUUUUUCUUUUU